GCGGAAUUGCGACCUGGCGGGAGAUUCGCGCGCUGCCGGGCGCAGCGUUCGGCCCGGUCCUUUGGAGGCCCCGGAACAUGGUGCAGAUUGUUAUUUCCAGCACAGGUGCUGGAGGCCUGGCACAGUGGGUGCUGGUGGAGCUGCAGGGUGAGAUUGAGCCUCGGCAGAGUGGUGGGCUGGCAGGGAGCCUGCUGGGAGACCUGCAUUACACCCAUGAGGGUGUCCCUGUGCUCAUCGUGGGCCACCACAUCCUCUACGGGAAGGUGGUGCAGCUGGAGAAGCCUUUUGCUGUCCUGGUGAAGCAGGGAGCUGGUGAGCCUGGCACCAAGCCCAGCUCCACAGAACCACACACCCACUACAGCGUCACUGCCCUCAUCAAAACCAAACUGCUCUUCAAAACCCGCCCCAAGCCCAUCAUUACCAACGUGCCCAAGAGGGUGUGAGGACUCAGGCCAGCAGGCAUGAGCUCUGCUGACAGGCAGCUCUGAGUGCUGCUGGUGAGAGUGGAGGUGAUCCAGGGUU